GCCAAUUUCGUCUACAUAAAAGAGAAAAAGCAUCACAUAUUUUCAAACCAGAUACCUUGUAUUGAUAUAAGUAAGUAUAAUAUCACAAUUUAAAAUAGCCUACAACUUGACUAAAACUUAAAAUAUUGAAAACCAAUGAUGUGUGAACACAGUUAAUAUUCUUAUCUUUAAGUGUGGCAAUAGUUCAGUGGUCACAGGUUAGUCCCAUUAUUUAAAAUCUUAUAUCUUGGUCAGUCCACUGUAAUAUUAAAACUAGCAAAACAAAGUUUGUCCUAUUAAACACAAAUUUUGCUAAUUUAUAAAUCACAUGUGCUGUCUCCAUCUAUAAUAUCUUAUAAAUGGAGACAGCACAUGUGAGUAUUUAUAACAUUAUUUUAAUUAAUCAUGCGGUACUUGAUGAAGUGUUAAAUUCAAUAUUCUCAUUAAAUUGAGUAACUUUGAUUUGAUUUAUUUUUUAAAGGGUGGUUAAAUCUACUAGGUCAGCCAGUAUAUUUUUUAGUCUAUCAUUAUAAUUUUAAAUAUAUUAAAGUAGGUGAUAUAACUAUUUUUUUUUAAACAAUAUAAUCUUACCCCUACUACAGCAUCAUCAGUUCGUUGAACAUUCUUACUCCCAGCUAAUACCCACGACAUCCAUCUGAUGCUACCAUCUCUUGUUGGUUCUUCUUUCAUAUUUCUAAAUAUUAAUCACUUCAAUUUAUCCAAUAUUGAAAUUUUAUUCAAAUUUAUAUCACCAAAAUAUUAGUUUUCAGUUCUGCUGUAAAAUAAUUAUACUUAAAAUCACUGAAUGCACUUUUCAAUUUGAACAUAUUUAAGUAAAUUAAUAAUUUCAUGCAUGUUACACACACAUCAUUCUAAGUUAUGUUUCCUUUAUACUAUCAUUACCUAAAACUAUAUUUGAAUGAUGCACAAGUGUGAUCUACGUACAUUCACAUACCAAGAAACGACUGAACUGAAGCGGUAUAAAAACACAUUAUAGAAAAUUGUUUUACCCUCGUAUAUAGUCAUAGUUGAUUCAAUGAGCAUUUUUAGGCAUUCCUUGUUUUUCAUAUGGCUUAUAUAUAUGUAUGUAUAAUGAUUACAUACACAGAUACACAUGCAUAAUAUAUGAUUAUACAUUCAAAUGUGCACAUUAAAAAUAUAGUUAAUUAUUACUAACACUAUGUACAUAAUAAUUUACAUAAAUUGGGAAAAAAAAAUAAUAACAUUAAUAAUUAUAGAGAAUAAAUUUUCAUAUAAGUUCUAGCGGGUAGGUAGAUAACAACUAACAACAUAUCAAAUUUUUUUGGAACACACAUUUAAGCAAAUACACAUACUUUAGUACAUUAAUGUAACAUAACAUAACAUAUACUUAUUACCUGAAAAGGUUAGGUUAGGCUUUGUUACAGUAUUGCCUAUAACAACCACUAAAAUAAUAUAAAUAUGAAUAUAAUAACUUGGUAGGAAGGAAAAAUGGGGUUUAUCAAGAGAAAUCGAAAUUAAUAAAAAAAAAUAUCUAUUUUUGUACUUCAAGUUCAAAUUUCAAGUUAAUUUUGUCGAUGACGAUAGUGGUCAUUGAUUUAAAAAAUUCAGUACUUGGUACCUCUUUAAAUACAGUAACUUACUAUUUACUAAUUAAGUGUAAUUUUAUUGAUAUAAUAAAUAUUUAUAAAACAACAAAUAAGUUAUCUUAUAGGCAGAGUACAUAAAAGAUGAAUAGAUAUUUAGAUAAUAAUAAUAAUUGAUUUUGUCUAGCUAGUGGUAAAUAACUACUUUAGGUAGGUAUUUAAUAAUUAUUUUAAAUUCUAUAUUAUACAAUUUUAAAUAAUUGAAAAUGAUACAUUUUAAGAUUUUUAACAUGUAAUUUACAUGAAGACUUAUGUAUGAAUUUAUUAUUUCUAUUAUAUGAAAUCGUUCAACAAACAAAAAGAAACCUAAUAAAAUCACAGUUAAAUAUUAUGAACAUUUCUUAUUUGUCAUUAAUGAAUAAGUGUGUGUUUAAAAUUACUAUUAAAAAUAUAAAAUAAAAAUAUUAUACUAUAAAUAAAAUUAACUAUUCAAUGAGUUCCAUUUAUACAUUAAGCAAUUGUACCCCAUUACCUCUAUAGAUUUGAAAUUCGCCCCUCCCCCAGAACUGAAAUAUAUCUACCACUGACUAUCGACAAAAUCAAAGGCAUAUGCAAACUGAAAGAUAGUUAAAAAUGAAAGAGAGAUUAUUUACGAAGAUAAUGGGUCUUUGAUAACCUCAAGCGAAGAGUAAGAUAAAGCGAUGAUUUGGGAUAAAUGGAUUAGUAGAUUAAGGGAUGAGUACUUUUAUGAAACAUUGAAUUGUAACGAACCUAAAAAUAUGUUCAAUUUUGAACUAGAAUCUUGAAUAGGUAUGAGUAUCUAAAAUGAAUGUUUGAAGAACUAAAGCUUCAAAUAAAAAUGCUAAAAACCAUUAACCACCUUACGAGAAAAAUCCAAACUAGAAUUGUUUAUUGAAUUUAAUUAAGAAUUGAUUAAAUUAUGGAAACUGACAAAAUAUGUCUGGAAAUUCAAAAAAAAAAAAUGAAAAUAAAAAUUUAAUUUUUCUCUUUAUUUCACCCUCACACCAAACCCAAUUGAAAAAUAAAAAAUUUUUAAUUAUGAAAAGUUAUAAGCUUUCAGAUAAUACUGUUGGACGUCUUGUAUAUUAUGGAAAAUGCAUAUAAAAAGAUGGACAUACUUUGCACAAUGGGUUAGAAUUAGUAAUGAGCAAAAAUAACAGUGAUUUAUAACAGUUACUAUAAGAGUAGCAAUUUUCACUUGGAAGAAAAAAAUACUGUUAUUGUUAUUUUUUGGUUUAGCUGUUACUGUAAAAGAUAUAACUGUGUUAUUUAUUAUUUCUUGUAUUUUAGAUUCGGGGCGUAGCGAGGCAUCUAUUUAUUGGUUUUUCUUUUACUAAAAAACUCUGUAACUAGGUAACAUAAUAUCUGCUAAUUUACAUCUUGUACUCAGUGAGUCUAUUAAACUCCUAACCCCUCCAUUCACUAUUAGUAUGCUACAGCAUUUUGAAUUAUAUCACACAAUUAAAUAUCAGUAUUUGUAAAAUUGUAUUGUUAGUAUAUGAGUAGCAAUAAUAAUUAACAUGCGGCUCGCUGUUAUUAAUUUUAGAUACUAUUAAAAUAACAGCUAGAAAUUCGUUGGUACAACCGAGUGUAAUGGUUUACUAACACUCGAUACUAGUAUAGAUAUUUGACGAUGGAAAUCGGUGUAUCCCCACCAUUGUCCAAAAUUAACAAUAGCAAUUUGCACUGUAUACUAUCAAUUAUUUAAACUAUUAGUAUAUUAUACUUCCCAUUUCCGGCUAAUAAGUAUUUAAUAAAAAUUAAUUUGAAUAGGUAUUAAUUGUUAUCAAUUAAAUUAUUAUUAUUAUCAUUUAUCUGUUCGUUUUUUAUUCGUAGGAAGAAAUGAGAGGGGAUGAUACCGGUGUAAAUAGUUUGCACUGUAUGCAUAUGAUGGUGCAGAAAAAUUAAACUGGUGUCGUUAAUUUUAACACCGGUUACUCCAAAAAAUGUCUCUAAUUUACACCGAUUUGAUUUUUAAGGGGAAAUUUACACCGGUUUGUACUAACGAAUUUCUUGCAGGUUACCAUCAUCUUAGAUGUAAGCUUGUAAAUUGUUUUUCAUUAAAAUUUUCCUAAGGGGCGUGCUCGUUAUUAUUAAUUUUAAAGUAAAAUUUUAAAUUUAGGCAAUUUCUAUUCACUUUUCACGUCAACGGUGGCCGGGAACUUUGUCGUAGACGAUUAUUAGUGUGAGUAAGCUUCUAUUCGUGCACUGUCAAAGCGAUUCCACCACCUUCCCAGUCAAUGUAAACAGAUUCACUGUUUAUUUUUGCACAAAAUAGAUUAAAAUUCACUGCCGCCAUUCCUGCCGUAGGUCUAUCGCCGCGCACCUCUUCGUUAUCGCCAAUUUAUAGCCGGAUUAUAAUAUAAUGUUAUUAUAGUUAUCCGUUCAUCCUUCGAACGAGAUAACGACUUUUGGAUUGCUAAAAUGGAAAAUCGAUUGAUACAUUUUUAAAGAAAUUAUUUACUAACAAAAAUAGUGCAAUCCAAAAUAAUAUAAAAUGUAGCAAAUAAUUUUAAUAUAAAUUUGUCUUUAUUUCUUAUGUCCGUGUAAAACCCUUCUACCAGAAAAACUUGCUCCAACGUUUAAACCAUUGCAUCUUUUCUGAAAGUUAAUUUUCUUUUGUUGGUGCAUUAGGGAGAUCAUUUUUAAUUUUCCAAGAGGUUUUUCGAAAUAAUUGGAAAACUCGAAGGCCAAAAAAUAACUUUAGGCAAAACGGCAAAUAUCUGCGACGCGCGGUGGCGUUAACAUUGUUUUUAAUUUGUAUUAUGUUAACGCGAUGUUUCUACCAGAAAAAUAAUUGCUCUAAUCCAAAAAUAAUCAGAGAUCGAUUUUUUUUUUCUUAUAAUAUUUUGUCACUGACAGUAAUUCGUUUUUUGAUAUCUAAAGUAUUUUAAAAAAACCAAUAUACAAUUUUAUUCAAAUUACGACACAACAAUUUCAGUAUUUAAAAUUUGUACUAUUUAUGUUUUCUACCAUAAAUAUUACUUCAAUAUAUAUAAAUUCUUAAAUAAUAUUGCUUAAAUAUUAAAUAAAAUAAUAAAUAAUAAUAUUACCUCAAUAUAUGUAUACGACAAGAAAUCUUUUUUAUUGCAUUUAUAAUCUUGUGCAUGAGUAAGUUAUUCGUUUUUUAAAUUUUCCCUUUAGUUUUGUAAAUAAUUGAAUAUAAUCAAAAAAAAAAAAACUUCCUGAACUUCAUAAAGUUUUCCCCCGAAAUUCGUCAGACUUUUUUCAGCUUUUUAAUGUACAGAUAGAAACACACAUUUUGAAAAAAAAAAAUUUGAAAAAUGAGCUUGGAUCGUAAAAAUGUCUAGGGCGGGCUAUUGCUCCCCUUAAUAGGCCCUCCGAAACAUCAUCGUCACUGCCAACUAGAUCUAAAAUGCAAUUAAAAAGAUAUCUUGUAAUUUUUCGAUUGGAGGAAGUUUAGCUGAUUUCCAAGUACAUUGGUGUAAAAAUGUGUUAUCACUGCACACUUGUAGUACAUACCGUGGUAUACACUCACUUUAUAGUUAAGUGUAAUCACAUGAAAAACACUACAACUACAGUCAAGGAAUUUGAUAUUUUUGAUUGUAAACAUUAUUAUCAUAGUUAAAUUAUUAUUCACCUUGGCGCUAAAUUAUUAUUGCAUACGAUAAAUAUAAUUUUUAAUAAAAUAUCUAUGGUUCAGUGUUAUAAGUAUCUUAUCACUUUAUAUUAUACUUGAAUUAAAAUAUUGUGUUUGUCGUUCGAUUUUUUUUUUAAUUUGUGUUUAUUUGUCAUUUUCUUUUACUCGCAAGACGAAAUGCUUUACACACUACGAUAAAUUUUAAAUUAGUAGAUCGGCAUUUAUUAUUGCUAUAAGUAUAGAUAUAUAUAGGCGUGAUAGUAUGUAAGUAUUUUAACAUUUAUCCUUUCAUGUUAAAUUACAGUACUUAGUUAAUAGAUACAUCUUACUAAUCUAUACACCAAUUUAAAUUUAUUUUAAACCUAUUUACCCUACCUACUUGUUUUAAUAUUUAAAGUAAAUGUGUAAUCUGAUUUUUUUCAAACGCGUGACAACUAUGUUUUAUUUCUAUUAAUUAUAGUCUUUAAAUAUGAGGUUCGCCCAUACAUCCAUUAAAUAAAUAUAUAAAUAUUAAAAACUAUUAUUUUUCAAAAUGCAUUAUCAUUGCUUAUUCUACUUAUUGUUUUAUCUAACGUUUACCUACCCUUAACCAGCUGUAUAAGAUGAAUUAGCUCAUUUUUACUUACUUAUGUAUUCGAAAUAGUUUAAUUUUCCCCCCUUGACCUACUCAACUUGGUUUUUAUAACAAAUUAACAUAUAUUUUUGAUUUGAGAAAUUCAGUAAACCAGUGCCAAAUAUGCAGAUAAUUAUCCUAUAGAUUUUAUCAUUAAUUAAAUCAAUAGUUUUAUUUAUUUUUUUAUUCUGUUCAUAAUAAUAUAUUAUUUUCAUUAUUUACAGUUAGAAUAUAGUUGGCACAGUUAAAAUAAUAACCAAAAAAUUAAUAAUGUAGGCUAAUGAACCUAUUUUAUUUUAAAACAAAUCUACAUGUAAAAUUACAUAAAAUAUUGAUAGGGUACUUAGUACAUUUACAUUGAUAAUCUAAUUUACGUAAUACCUUAUAACAUUUUUAUGUAAUUAAAAAAUAAAAUUUGAAUUCAUUUUUUUUUAUUAGAAACUUUAUGAUACAAUUAGCUUAUUUUUAAAUAGAGCCUUAUAAAAAAAACAUACUUAUAUGUGAAAAAUAGCAUCAUGCUUUUUGUGCAAAAUUUGGUCUUUAGUUAUAACAACUUGUUCAUUAUUCUUGUAUAUUUAAACUUUAAAGUCAAAUAAAUCUGUUAAUUAAUUGUUCAUAGAUUAUCAAAAUAUAUUAACAUGUCAUUUUUAACAACAUGAUCAUAUUUCUAGCAAAAUGCUUGAUAUAAUAUAUUCAACUAUAAUCAUAUAAAUCUAUAUACUAAGUUAAUUUUUUAAGACAAAUAAUGAAUAUUAUCAUAAUAAAACAUUUAAGCUUAUAGGUUGUUUGGUGCACUAAUGUAAUUUUAUUUUUAUUAGGUAUUUACAAUGGACAAAAAGAAGAAUAAAAGAUCAGUUUUGGAACAUUCUCACCAUACUACUGGAUAUUCAAUUGAAUUUGGCGAUACAACCUUUCAGAAAACUCUGGAGGAACGCAUACAGGCAGCUAGAAUUGCUUCCUCACAAACUAAGCAAACAAAAAAACAAAAUAGUAGCAGAGCAAAUUUAAUCUCCACAAAUAAUAUAAGUUCAAUUGUACAAAAUAUUACUGUUAAAAAUACAGUAAAUAAUAAUAAUAAUAACAAUAAUUGUGAUAAUAAUCUAUAUUUACAAAAAAAAACUAAACCAUCUACAUUUAAAAUAAAUGUUGAAUCUAAAGCUAAUAUAUUUUCUUCUUCUAACUCUACUGAAACUGAGAGUACAAGUACAAAUACUAAUUCUAUACUGAAUACAAGUUAUGCUUUUAUAUCCUCAUUCAAAGGAGGACCAAUGCAACGUCGACUUGAGGCUAUCAAGUCAAAAAAGUUAACUAACACAAAUGCUUUCAAAUGUGAUGAUGCUUUAGAAUCAACCAAAUAUUCAAAUAAUUUUAGUAAUCAAUCUGAUAUGAUAAUAAAAAAUCAUGCUUCUAAGCAGUGUGAUAUUAAUGUUAACAAGUAUGAUGAAUAUAAUAAAAAAUAUCCCAGUAGUGAGAUACAGCUAAAUACAUUAUCUGGUCACUGUGAUCGUACUACAAUUAAUGUUUCGAAUACUUCAAGUAAGUUUAAAUAUACAGUUAUUUUUAUUUCUAUUUUCACUGACAAUUUUAUAUAUUUCUGGUAGAUCAAGAUUGCUUUUUUCAGUUGAUAUUAAAAAAUUGUAUUACAAAUUUAAUAGAACAAUUUUUUAAGAUGACUUAUUAAUAACAAUGUUAGUUUUAAUUUUGGUAUAUGUACAUUGUACAGUAAAAAUUCUUGAUAAAAUGAAGUUUUUAAUGGUAAAAUAGAAAUUUGAUAAAACUAUUGUGAUGUCAACAAUGUGUGUUAAGCAUUGAAUAAAGUAGACCAAGAAGAUGAAAUAAGAAUGGAAAUAGUAUAAAGAAAAAUAUUAAAUUAGAGGUGUAGUGUAACGAGGUUGAACUGAAUUUAGAAUGAAUAUAAAAAUAAGAUAAUAAAUAUGAAUAUAAGAGUUGAUCUAGGAGUAGUGAUUAUAACAGAAAAAAUAGAAUAAAAUAGAUGCUGAGAAGGUAAACGAUGAGAUAAUUAAUAAAUAAUAAUGUCUAUAUAUUUAUAUAACCUAUAAUAAUACUGAAAUUUCAGUAAUCAUAUAGUUUUAAAAGUUAUAGAUAUAUAUUUAUAUUUUAUAAUAAAUAUAUUGAUGAUAAUAUUUUUAUAUAUGUACUCAUAACAUUAAACAUGUACUUAGUUUUUAAAAUUUUAAGUUUACUUAUAGUUUUUUUAAUUUAAUAUUUAUAUCAAACACAUUUAAUAGAUUGUACUUAUAACAAGGCAACAUCUGUUCAAAAUAGACUAAUAAAAGCUAAAGAAGAUUUAAAAGCCAAAUCUAUAUUGAUGACUGAUCAAAAUAAUGUUUCUAAAACUGGGACAGUUAAGAAACAACUCUCAUAUACAUGUAAGCAAAUGUACAUUUCAAUAAUUGUAUUAUCUAACAUUUAUACAAAUAUUACUAUAUUUUGUAUUUUAUAUUUUAUAUUUUAACUAUUAAGUACUUAUAAUUAAUAAUUAUUUUUAGCAGUGGGUAAUGUUUAUCCAGAUAAAAAGUCACCAAUUCUUAAUAAAACAAAAACAAAAAGAUUAAAUCAAAAAAAGAUGCCUAUAUCUAUUAUACCUACUCAUAAAAAAAAUAAUUCAAAUGUUUAUAAAGUUACCAAUAACCAACAGAUCUCAAUAAAACAAAACAAUAUUUUAGUCAAUAGUAUGAUUUCAUUUAAUCCACCUUCAGGUGAGAUAAAUUUUGAAUAAAAUUUUAUAAUUUAAUGCUAUAUAAAAAUAAUACAAUUUAUAUGUGAAUUGCUAAUAUUUUAAAUUUCAGGAACAGUUGUAUUCAAAAAAAUUGAUGAUCUAAAACAAAUGGAAUUAUUGAAUUCUUUUAGUUUUGUUAUGCCACAUCAGAAUUUGGAAAAUAUAACAAAGUAAGGCAGCAGUUGUUAAAUAAAAAUUACUAUAAAAUCUUUUCAAGAAUUUUAAAUUUUUUACUAAUUGAUAAUAUUUGUGGGCCAAAUAAUUAGUACAAAAAUAUAAUUUUUAUUAUUAACAGUGUUUCCCCUUAAGAAAGCUUAACAGAAUAUAGGAUAAGGCUUUGACCAGUCAAAUUUUUUAGGUCUAAAUUUGGUGACGAAGUUGAUUGAUUUUUUAAUCAAUAUUUAUAAAAUAAUUUAUUAUUUACAAAUAGUUUAUUAUUUUUAAAUUCAUUUUACUAUUUUUACAAUUUAUUUAUUUAACAUUUUUUUUUUUUUUAAAUAAAAAGAGUACAUCACAAGUGAUUAGUAUAAUCAUUAGUAUAAUUUCAAUUCUCUAAGUUAAUAAACAAUAGAGUUAUUCAUUAUUUUUUUAAAUAAUUGGCAAAUACACCUUGUGUAUUUACUUAAAGUCAUGUCACUAUAAGAAUACUCUGAACAAAUUCCAUCAAGCAUUCUAAAUAUGUCUGUGCAGUGGCAUUUAUGUCAUUCCUGCUUAACAGUCUAUUUCAAAUUUUUAUUUUAAAAAAAAUAUUUAAAUCCUUCAAUUUUUUGUCUGAAUUUUAUAACAAACAUUUAUUUGGUUGUUUAAUAUUUUUAAUUUACUGUAAUCUAGAUAUUAGGCUAGUCUUUCACUAUAUGUGUUGAAAAUAAAUGUCAAAUAUUUAAUUUCGCAACCUCAAAACAUAGAAAGAAAUAUUAUUUAUUUAUUUUACUCCAUUUAUUGGUCUAAAUGAAUGAAAAAUUACCUUAAAAAAGAUUUACACUCAACUAAUAAUGUAUAAUAAUAUUAUGAAUUUUUCUAGACCAGAUGAUGAUUUUAUGGAAUGGGAAGAUAUAAGUGAACCGGAUAACAUAAUAAACAGCGUAAGCAAGAAAAUAGUUCAAACAUUUUAACAUUGUGUUAAAUAUUUAAUUUGAUUACUUUGAUCCCAAAGGUUAAUGAUUUGAGAAAACAAAAUCAUGAUUAUGAACCUAUGGAAUGGACACCAGAUACAAUUAUGCAUUCGGAUAAUAUUAAUCACUGCUUAGUGAUUGAUACAAAUAUAUUUUUAACCAAUUUAAAAUCGAUCAUUUACAUUAUUGAUCAAUACUUUCCAGGUAAUGUAUUGAAUUAAAAAAUAAGUAUAUUAGUCAAUAUAGAGUAAUUUUAUUUUUUUAGAUUACGGUUUUCUUACAAUUGUAUUACCAUGGCAAGUAUUACAAGAACUUGAUUGCAUGAAAAAAAGAGAAGAUGUAAUUGGUUAUCGAGCUCGAGAGGCAACACGAUGGUUGUUAGAUGUACUUUCCAAAAAUCACCCAAGAUUAAAAGGUCAACCUAUGACAAACAAAAAUAAAACUCUUCCUGAUGACGCUGUUUUAAGUUGUGCUAUAAUUUUGAAGGAUAGAGUGAAUAUUUUAGUAAGUAAAUUACUUUUUGUUUUUAAAACUAGUAUAAUAAAAGAAAGUGUUUGAUGUAUAUAAUACAAAUAUCAAUUAUAAAACAUAAGCCAUUAUUCAGGUGGGACAGAUUGUUUUAAAAUCGAAAAAAAAAAGUGGCCAAUAAUUAUUUUUUGGAAAUAUUAAUUUAAUGAAGAUUUUUUUUUAAAAGAAAUACCCAAAAAUAUAUUUACAAGUUCAUAAAAAAAAUGUUCAGGGAGUUUGUAGUUAACAAAAGUAAAAUUUACAUAAAUGUCUUAAAAUAUUGUUUAUUUAGACUAUUAUUAUAUUAAAAAGGAAUAAGAUGUUUAGGAAUUAAAAUUGUAUACUUACUUAUAGUAGUGAAUUAAAUAUUUUCAUAUAUUAUAGUAGUUUUCAAAAUAAUCUUUAUGGAUGUUGCAUUGCUUUGAUAGUUAUAAUAUGAGCAUUAAUAUUUUAAUAAUUGAUUUUAACUAACUUAUCCUUUAGACUUACUUUUAAUUUUAUAAUAUUAUUAAAGUAUUUAGAGUACACAUUUUGAACUAAAAUAUAGCAUGAAAAUUACCUACACAACUUAUGCCAUUUUUCACUGUAAGCAUUUGAACAAUGAUACAACUGGUAUUUGAUAACUACACAUUAUCUUGUUAACUUUUUAAUAUGUAUUCUUUAACUGUCAUUAUGGCUUUACCAAAAAUUACAAGAAGAAAAAUCCAUAAUAUAAUUUAUUUUCAAAAGAAUUAAUAAGUUCAAUAUAAUGAAAAAAUACAAAAUUCUGUCCUGGGUAAAAAGAAAUUUGUUGAGUAUAGUGAGUCUGGAGAAGACAGAGAUACAAAUAUUAAAGACUAUUAAAAUAACAUAUUUUAAAUAAACACUUUUAUACAAUGUUAAUUUAUUAAUAAAAAUGUGUACAUAGCAACAGUAAGAUUCUAAAACUGGUAAAGUGCAUUUUAAAACUAAUAACAAUUUUACAUUUUAUGGCUUAUAAAACGUAUAUUACAUCAAUAUACACUGCAAAUUAGUUAGGUACAUACAAAUAGAAAAACACGACACCUUAAUUUCCUUACUAAGGGAUGUAUAAAAAAAACUAAUAACAAAUUUGGGUUCUGUGGCUAUUAAAUCUCAUGAAUUUAUAUUAUUUGUGGUUAAAAUUUUAGAAUUAUUAUUUUUGGUUGGUAUUUUUUUAAGUUCUAACAUUAUUAUAUAAGUAUAGAUUAUUGUUUUAAACUGGUUUAUAAAUAUUGUUGUAUGGUAAUAAAAUUUUAACUAUUUUUAUUACGUAUUAUGUAAUAACUAGAGAUCGGAUAUUGUAACUCAAUAAAAUAUUAAAAUAAAGCAGUGCAAAUUCUAAAAAAUUUUAAAUGAUUUAUUAUCAAUUAAAAUUUUAAAAAGCUUUUUAAAAUUUAAAAAAAAACAAAAUACAAUUUUGUAUAAUAAUCCUUCAAACAAAUUUAUGAUGUAGUUAUGUAAUGAACUAAUAGAAAAAAAAAUGUCUACAACAUCUGAACUCUAGUGAAAUAACAAUGUAUUACAAUAAUUCUUAACAAAAUAAAUAAAUUAUAAACUCUGCAAAAAAUAACACGUGAAACAUAUAUCAUGAAACAAUACUUUUAUUUUGAUAAACUUUUCAUAUCUUUUUACUAUUUGUUAUCAACUUUAACUAACUGAAACAUAAAACAAAAUGGAAAAUUUAAUGCUUGCAACAUAAACAUAUUUUAACAUUUUUCAUCAUAAAGAAAUAUGUAGUAUUAUUUGAUGUAGCAAUAUUUUUUAACUGAAAAAAUGUCUAUAGUGUACUCUAGUGUGGGACCGACUUUAUGUUACUAUUUCUAUUAAGUUUGGAUUAUCACAGACAAUAUGUACUUCAUAAACACAAAAUAUUUUUCUUUUAUCAUUAAAAUAUCAAAUUAACCAAAAUUAUAGUUUUAAUUAGAUCAGUUCAAAAUACAUAUCUUAAUGCAAAAAAUAUAAUAUAAAUACAAAUAGUGUAAUUAAUGUUUAUACUAAAUCUCCCUAUAGCAGACAUUAAACAAUAAUUGAAGUGUCUGCUAUUAAGAGAUGUUAUUGUGAAAGUUAAAAAAAAAAGAAAGAAAAAGGUAGUAUUUUCAUUUAAAUUAAUUUUCUUCUUUUUCACUGGCAUUUACAACUCUAUCCGAGACUUUGUGACCAUCACUACAUCCCUCCAUCUUUCUCGGUCUUGAAGAAUUUCCUUUCAUUCUUGCACUCCCAGGGCUUCAAGAUCCUCUUUUACUAUGUCUAGCCACCUCUUCCUUGGUUUACUUCGAGGCCUUUUCCCUUCUGGUUUCCAUUCCAUAACUGCUCUGAUAGUAUCCUCUUCAUAUUUUCUAAUAAUAUGGCUGAGCCACUGUAUUCUUUGUUCUUUUAUGUGACUAGUGACUGGUGCUAGGCCCAGUUCUUCCUGUAAUUCCUUGGAUAGAGCUUUGGAUUUGACGAAUUUGGACAAUUCAAAAGAGAUACUUUCUGCCUUUACUAUCCACAUACUAAUCUCAAAUUUCAAAUUCUUUGAACUGAGUAGUGCUCAUAUAUAUUUGAAUUCUUCGACUUUAGAAAAGCAAUUACAUCUAAAACCUCUUGGUCUGUUUCUCGUACGCGUGUACACUAAGCGAUGGACAUGUCACUCUCCCUACGUCAAUAUAAAUCAAUUUUAUUAAAAGUAAAUGCAUGUAUUUAUUUUUGCAGAAUUUAGUUACAGAUGAUAAAAUCUUAAGCAUAAAAUCAGAAGUUAAUGGAAUACAUGUAAAAAAUUCAAACUGGCUUCAAAAUUUAGUGAAAGUUAAUAGUUAAAAUGACUAUAACUUUUAAGGUAAGCUGACAAAAUUAUAAAUGAGCAAAAAAAAAUUAUUCAUGUGUACCGUAAUAACUACAAUGUAGUACCUAAUAAAAUUCUUCUUCCUCUACUUUAUGUAUAAUAUUAAUGCCAUUAACAGAAAUUCUUUUGAAUGUCUGAUCAAUUUAAUUUUAACUGAGUUACUUUUUUUGUGUGUGUAUGUGUUAAAAAUAAUACUUGAAAAAUUGCACGUGUAACUGAUACUACUUUAUACACUAAAAUUAUUAAUCUCAGAUCUUAUAUUUAAAAAAAAAAAAAACAUUUAAAUAACUUUUAAAAUAAGAAAAUUACUAUUAUAAACUAAAAUAUCCUAAUUGUUUUAUCAUACUUGAAGUUUAAUGAAUUGUGUUUUUUACUUUAAGUUAAAAUUUAAAAUUCAAUGAACGAUAUUGUGUAUAAUAGUUUUUAAUCUCAUAGAUAAUACCACUUAUAAUGGUAGAUUCCAUUAAGUUGACAUCACAAAUCAAUAUGUUAUGAAACCAAGUGAAACAUGGCAAUCUGUCUGAGAAAUUAGUGUGAUGUAUUCUAUUAUGUUGUAAAGCUACCACACCAAUUAAUUUUUUUUAUAAAAUGUAUAUAAUUUAUCUGUUUAACAAACUAUAAUGACUUUAAAAUUUUAAAUAAUGUUUUAACAAAUUACUAAAAUAGUAAUAUUCAUUUUGAUUAAUCUGAACAGGAAUUUGCAACAUUUAAACAAAAAAUUUUCUCUACUUCUGCUACUUUUUAACUAAUCUAUUAACAAUUAUCUUGUACUAUACAUAUAAUUUUAAAUUUCAAACUAUAUGUUUUUGGGGAAAUGUACUACAAUAGAAAUUGCAUUGUAGUAAUAAAUAAUACAUAAAGGUAAACUUUGAAAUGUAAAAUUUAAUUAUAUAGGUUAUACCUAAUAUAUUAUGUGAUUUAUUACAAUAAUGUUAAGCCAUAAAUAUUGUUAGAUUUUAAUUUUAUUAUGAUCAGUUUUAGUAAAAAGUUAUCAUUAAAAAAAAAAAUGUCACUUAUAUAUAUUAUUUUCUGAUUAUUGCUUAUUAAUGUAGUUGAAACCUGUCAUAAUAAAAGUGAUAAAAUUUGAUAGUACUCGUGGUAUAGCAUUAUUUUCUUGUUUAUUAAUAACGACAUUGUUAGUCAAUAUGUCUUACCUUUUAAUUUAUAAGCUAUGUUCAUAUAUUAUUAAGAUAUUAAUUUAUAAUAAGUAUAAAAAUAUGAACCAUACAUAUGGUAUAUGUAUAUUCUAAAAUAGUUUUAUAAUAAGAUAAUAACCCCAGUGUGACAAGACAUCAAUGAAUGUCAUAAAAAUGAUUAUUUCUACUUAUAAUCUCCUUGAAAAAGGUAUGACAAAAGGUAUUCUGUUGCGUAUAAAAAUCUGGAUUGAUAAUAAUAUUGAAUGGUUAUAGAUGCAUUUAAAUAAAUACAGGGUAUCCCUCAAAGAUACGAGGUUUGGCUAUUAAAUAACGAGACUGCGCGCGGAGAGAACUGUGAAUCAACAUUACUAUUUAACAGUUUUGGAAAAACAAGUCGUGGAUCUUGCACCAGGAUAACGCAUCUGCCCAUAACGCGCUGUCUGUGAAGCGUUAUUUGGCCGCUUAAGGCACUCCAGUACUCGAACACGCGUCUUACUCACCUGACUUGGCACCCUGCGACUUUUACUUGUUUCUGAAGUCUGCCUUAAAAGGAAUCCGGUUUGAGUCGAUGGAAAAGGUGAAACAAAAAUCGGCGGAACUCCUGAAUGGUCUUACGAAAACAGACUUCCAGCACUGCCUUGAGCAAUGGAAGAAACGAAUGAAACGGUGUGUGAAGAGGGGAGGAGAGUAUAUUGAAGGGGAACAUUUGAUUGUGGAAUAAUUUUUUAAAAAAAAAAACCAUUUUUCAUAAGCAGUCUCGUUAUUUAAUAGCCAGACCUCGUAUAUCCAUUGUAAUAUCUCAUUGGACUACAAAUAUUUAUAUUGCAAUUCAUUUUUUAUGUUUUGAUAAAAACAAACUUAAUUUUGUUAUUUUUAAAAAAAUUUUAAUGUCCAGAGAAAAGAAAGUGUACGGUCAAUUAAUUGUAAUAGUAAUAAUCAAUUAAACAAAAUUUUCAAAAAAGUAACUAUAAAAUGGCUAACUUAAAAUUUUUUAAAAAUAAUAAAAUAAGAAGUUAUUUUUUAUAAAUUUUAUCAAAUCACUGAAAAUUAAUUACAAUAUAAAUAUUUGUAGUUUUUAUUCUUGUGACCAGUAUUAGUAACAGAAUUUGAUUAUCUUUAUAAUUUCUGGAGAUAUUACAAUGAGUAUAUCUGUGUGGAACACCCUGUUCCUGAAUACUUAAAUAUUCUUAAAGAAAACAUUGAAUAAAAUCUUUAAAAUAUAGAUACUUAAAAUUAAUUGCAACUACUGUUAAACCUAAAUGGAAAUACUGUAUAAAUGUUAUUGCACAUCUAAAUAAUUUACUUGUUAUUAAAAUGUUUUUAUUUUUUAAUUUUUUUUAUCUAAAUUAUGUCACAUGGGAUUUCAAAUGUCAAUCACCGAAAUAUUGUAUCACAUUACAUUAGGUUUAUUGAAAAAAAAAAAUACCAAAAACCUCCCAAUUAUAAAAUCAAUAGAUUUAAGCUCAGUUUCAACUACUGUAUAGAACAUAUUAUUGUAUUUCAACAUUAAUAAUUGUAUUUUGUUAAGUUUUUACACAUAUUUUUCCUUUCCAUAAUAGUUAAACUGUCAUACACUAGGAUCAUUCUCUACUUGAAUUGCAAUCAAAUUUAUAAAAAAAAUUAAUUGUUUUAUUUGUUAUAAACAAAACUUCAUUCAAAUUUUUUCAGAUGACUCCUUCAUAUUUGACGUCUUCAUCAGAUUACAAAUUAAAAGUAGUACAUAAAUGUAAAGGUAUUUCAGAUGACUCGCAUGAUUAAUCAAAUAAUAUAACAGAAAACCUACUAAUUUUUUUCUUGGACGUUACUUGUGAAGUAUCUUAAAAAAUAAAUAAAAUAUCUUAAUAAUAUAUAUUUUGUUAUAAAUAUAAAACUUUCACACAUUUUCUUAAUUAAUUUUAAUUUAAAAAUUAUUAUUUUAGUAUCAUUAUUUUGUUUUUAAUGUUCAACUAAAGGCUUUUUUAAUUAUUUAUAACUCAAAAUAUGUUAUUUCCCCAUGUUGUCUCCAUUUUACAAAUGCUCAACGUAGCCAAUUUACGUUUAACACAAUUGUGUGCUGUUAGUUUUAAUAUUGAAGAAAACUGACCUAUUUCUAAACUUAAAUGUAAGAACAUUAUCUAUAUUAUUAUAUUGAUUUUUUCAUUAUUUUAAAUUUUCAAGUGAUAUAUGAGUAUGUAAAAUAUUAAAAUUUAAAACUAUUUAUACCCCUUUAAAAUUAAACAAAAUAUAAUAUUGUGUGAACAACUAAUAUUCUUACCUUUUGUUGAUAGGUCAAUUUACUUUUAUAUAAAUUGAUAUCACAAAAUUAGUCCUGCUGAACCAGAAUUUGCUAUGUUGUGUGUUUGUAAGAUAGAAACAGCAUAUUCGGAUAUUGACAUCCUCUUAUGUAGUACUUGAUUAAGUAUCAAGUUAAAUUAUUUCAUUUAAUUGACUUUUUUAUGAUUUUUCUUUUGUGAAGAGGUGAUGAUCGGUUUAAUAAAAACAAUUGUAAAAUUGUCCAUUAUUUUAAAAGAGAAGAAAUUGACUUAGUUAAUUUAUCUACAUUUAUAAUGUUAUUAUUUUAAUUUUAUAAUUAAAUAGAUAUAUAUCAAAUACAUUUCUUUUAUAUAAUUAGUUUAUUUUAUAUGUACUUUAAAUAGCUUUUAUUGAUGUUUAAUUUUUAAAAAUAUGUACCUAUUCGGAAAUACAUAUUGGCAUUGUUAUUUAAUUUUGAACAAUAACAAAAUAUAUAUAUUAUAAUCAAGGGGAUUGAAAGCAGUAAUUUAGUUGUAUUUUUUUUCAUCCUAUCAAUUGUUUUAACCAUACAAUAAGAUUCAGAACGCAUAAUUUGAAUUUGAAAAAUAAUCCAUUGGAGAUUGCUUUUCUUUUUUUUUUUUGUUAUUUUUGUUUGAAGCUCUCCAAAAGUGAAUACUUUUAUUUUUUUAUUUACUUAAUUAGUUUUAGUAAAAUAUGUGGGAUAAAUAAAUAAUAUAGGAAUGUCUCAAGUUGAAAUAGAAUUAGUGAAAAAGCAAUGAAUUCAAAUCUGCUUAAAAAAAAAAAAAUGUUAAUUACUGCACUAAAAUUAUUUCAAUACUUGAAAAAAGAUUAAAACUAUAUGGAUUUGUCGCAUUUUAAACAUUAGACUGAUGUAUCUAGUUCCUUUGAUAAUAUAUUUUUUUUUUUUAUUAACAAUAAGUUACCAAUAUUGUAUUUGAGUUGUUUUUAUAUUUUAUUGAAUUGUAUAGGAUUUGAUCUAUGAAAAAGUAGAUUGUUUAAUUAAAUAUUGACAUGUAAACAUAAAUAAUUAGUUACUAAUUUUGCUUAUUAUACUUAAAUAAUAUUUAUGCAUGGUAUAUUCUGUGAUAAAUGUUUAAUUAUUAUUAAUGUAACUAUGGAGCUGAC